UGUCGUAAAUUAGUCGUUUUCUUUCCACUGAAAUUGAACUAAAGGUCAAAAAGUGCAUCAGCCAAUGGACUGAAAACAUGUCAAAAACCAUAUGUACAAAAAACAAAUUACAUUGUAUCACUUGACUGCAGUUCACUGUAGAUCUGAUGUCAACAUGAUAUUUGACAUAUAAAUAUUUGUCAAACACUUUUUUCUCAUUUUAUAUCUUAAAUACAAAUGCUGCUGUGUUACAACAGUAAGCCUGUCAUUAAUUGAUUAAUUAAUGCACUAGUUUACUAGUUUUUUUAAGAUUUUUGUCAUUUCAAAUUUUCAUGGAAUCUGUAUGUGUUACCAUGUUGCUUAACGUUGAACCGUCCAAAUCUGUGCAACAACAUUAACAGCAGAUAUUUAAGGUAUCAGCACAAAAACUGAAUUCAUUUGUAGUUGAAUGUGGCGUUCAGGAUGGUUUCAGCAUGAGAUUAGAAGUGGUUUCUGGCUAGAGACCAAGUCAUGGUGAUGGUUUGUGAACAACAAUGUUCUUUUUCAUUAUUUUAAUUUAAAAAUUAUAUUACAAUAAUAUUGAUUUAAUGUUAAUCCUCAGAGUGUGGAUCAUUUUAGAACCAGAAAGUUAAACAGGGCUGAUUCUCUCCAGACCAAGAUUAUUGUUUUUAUUAUAUCGAUUUUAACUUGCCAUAUUCAUUGUUUUUACUUUAUUUACAGUACAUAGAACAUAACAGUUUAGUAAUAGAGCAUAGACUUAAGUGUUCUGUUCAGGCAGAGGUUGCAUCAACAUAACCACCCACAGACAUUCCCUUAAUCUCCUGCAUUAUCUGUAAUGAAUGUGUGAGAGAGAGACAUGACCACAUGUCAAUUCAUCACUUCAGAAGACAAUGACUUCUUCCACUUCCUUUUGAACCAUAAAUAAAAGUCCUUCCACAGACCAAUGACAGACAUCACUGCCAGUGAGGGUAAAAAAAAAAGCUUAUGUAAGUGUUUACAUCACCAUCACAGUAAUUGUCUGUCCUACAGAAUGCAUAUUCCUCUCUUUCAUCAUCUUCAAUCAUCAUUUUAAAUCCAAUACACGCAGUCACUGUGUUAAUGUGGAUGAUUACGUAACGAAAAUGGCAUGUGAGCUUGUUUGAGGUAAAGGUUAUGCAAGAAUUUGACUUGAAUUAGCUGUAGCCUAAACUAAUGUAAAACUUGCUCCUUUGGGGGUGUGAAUUUGUAAAGAAAGCGAUGUUGCGGGACUCCUUUUCAGGGUUACAUGUAAAAGUAGUUGGAAGUGUACAGCUCCACCAAUAUGUGGUUGCUCAGUACUCUACUGUCUACGUAUCAAGGUACAUUUCUUUAAUGAAGUGUGAAGUUGCUUGUCAACAAACCUAAAUGUAUUUUUUAUUCCUCAGAAUUCAGAGAAAAAUAUGAUGCAAUCUUGUGAACUGACUCUUACCACGCCCUGUAGGUUGAAGCUGGGUUAGUGUUGAAGUGCUUGGUCUUUGGGUUUGUGAGCAAUCAGCAAGAAUAAUAGUAAUACAAUUCCUUAGAUUCUAAAACAUUCCAAACACGUGGACUCUGACCUGAACUUCUUCUUCUGCAUUUUCACUCACUACCUCACAGGUUUCAGACCGACUCCAAACCACAAAUGAACAAAAUCUGAGACAACGUUCCUAUUCUAAAAGACCUAUUCUGUGCAAGAACAGGUUCCCUGUCUGCUGUGAGUCUUGAUUAGUGUAAUGAGAGAGAACGCAGCACAGUGGUUUAAGGUUUAUGACGGAAUUAGUUUGAAGUGGUUUAUCUCUGUGGAUUCAAGUAAGACAGGUCUUCACCGCCUUCGGCAUUCUUUGAAUGACUAUCAGAUAGGCAAACAUCAAUUCACUCUGUAUAUUUUGUUUUUCAAAAACAGUCAGCAAAUGUCAGUGUAGGCACAUUGUUGUUUCAUUAGCCUGAACACAGACUCGGUCAGCUGGUGUUCUUCUGCCAAUGUGCCCUGUCAUCAAAAUAGAUUGUGCUGAAAUUCCUCUGUUCUCUUGUCUUUACAACAUGGUCAGAUACAAAUUGUCUUGCUUGACAUGGAUUGGAUAAUACUGCUUCCUCAACAAGUAUUACAAAAUUCCGAUUUUGGUCCGUCCCUCUGUGAAGGAGGUCUAGGAAGUGGAAAGACCUUUCAUGGUCAAUGUUUAAAGGCGUUAUUUUUAAAUGUCAACUUUUGUAAAUGAAAACGAUUUGUUUUCACAAAGUUUCUUGUUGGAAGUUGGCUGACAGCUCCAAAUUUCCCAUACAAGGAAAUUUGAAAGUUUGUUUUCACUCUGUAAUAAAAAGUUAUUUCCAUUAUUUGCAAGUGAAUUUGACAGAAUUUCCAGAUUUUUCUUUAGUUUCUUGAUGCGGCCUGACUUUUGUGUCUUUUGGAGUUAUGGGAUAAGGUUUAUUGCAUGACUUCAUCGGCUGUAGAAAACGUUUUACUUUUGUAGAAAUAAUCCACUCCCUACAUGGGCUUUCCUCAGUCGAACCUUAUCAAGUGUGGAGCCUCAUUUUGAAGUCACUGACAUUUGGAGCUGCCAGGCUGUUGAUAAUCACAAAACUACUCCCGAUGUUGGGUUUCCUCGGUCAGGGCCCCGCCUCCCCUGCCUCUCCUUGCACGCCUCAGUCAAAUACAUAGAAGCAACAAAGGAAGACCUUCAAAAUAAAAGCACACAAGUCCUUCUAAGCAAUAUAAAACAGCAAAGUGUUUACUGGUCACCGCAAGGACUGCUGUAAAAACCAUACGGAAUUGAAAUGUUCAUUUCUGGAGUUUCCCAAAAUAAACUACAUUAUAACAUCAUAAAAUUCUCUUCCCAUUGUCUUAUCAGUCAUUUUCAAGCAGUGCAGUCAAGACGUUUUUAUAAAAAACAGGGCAAUAAAAUAAAAUAAAGUCGAAAAAAUAUUAUUAACGAUUAUACAAGGUACCCACUGGGUUUUUCUUCUACUCUUUCUCUAAAACAAAUCACGAAUACAAACAAAACAAAACAUAUUUGUGUUUGUUGAAGUUUCCCUUUAGUUUAAAUCAAUACUUUUUUACAUCUGUAAAUAAAGAGGUUGCGUUUAUAAAGGACUGAGGUUCUAUUGGGCUAGCGAAAUAUUUUCUUUUAAUUUGUCAAAACGUUUCUAAUUGCAAUGCUUUUUUUUAUAUAUAUUUUUGAUAUUGAUAUUCAAUCAGUAUAAAUCCAGUCCAAACUGCUUUUGUAUUUUGAAAAUCACCACAGGACGUGGCUCGCGCUGUGGUUGUCGACUUGACAUCAGUCUGUCAGCCUCCUUGCUUUGGCUGAGCAACAGCAUCUGUCUCGACACCAGACUCCACAGAGCGCGCAGUAUGGAUCCGUUACGCGUUUACGCACGGUGCGGUUCUCUUUGGCACUGUUGUUUUUUUUUGACACGCGCCUCUGACUGGUGACAGACAUCGGACUCUGUGGUGACUUGUAAAAUCUGCUUUCUGUUUGUAUUUUUCAAUACAGAAAAAAAGAAAACAAACACAGCAGGGUGGUCCGGACUCCGGUGGGACUUUUGCGCCCUGUGUCUGUGGCGCAUACCCACUGUUUUUGGGCUUAUUUCUUUCCAGGAACAGGACAAAAUUAGCUGCCUCUACUUUUUUUGUUUGUCGAAUUUAUGUGGAUUUCCCCCCCUGGACCAUGGGAGACUCCGUGUUUCUCGACAGGCAAAAUUCCUAUCUUGGUGAUUUCACCUGGAGCAGCCUGUCGGGCCGCAGUGUGCGCCUGAUGCCAGUUUCCAUCCAGAGCCUGUCGGAGUUGGAGAGAGCCAGGCUGCAGGAAGUGGCGUAUACGCGUUUACACCAGGACUAUGACCUGGGAUGUCAGAUCACCAUUCCAAAAGAUGGACAGAAAAGGAAAAAAUCACUGAGGAGGAAGUUGGACUCGCUCGCCAAGGAGAAGAGUAAAGACAAAGAGUUCAUACCACAGGCUUUCAGUAUCCCGCUCUCACAGGUCAUCGCUAAUGACAGAACACACCGGCAACGUCAGGACGGCUAUCGACAGGAGCAUCCCCAGCGUGAGGAGCAGAAGGACUCCUCUGACCUGGUUUCGUCCAUUAUACAGUUUGCCACCAAGCGCUCGUCUAAUAAGGAGUUAUCCAGCAGUAACUCCUCUCUGAGUUCUACAUCAGAGACGGCCAACGAAUCAACAUCUCCCAAUACACCUGAAGCUGCACCACGGACCCGCAGAAGGGGGGGCAUGUCCGUGGACUCCAUCACCGACCUGGACGACAACCAUUCACGCCUGCUGGAGGCGCUGCAGCUCUCCUUGCCAGCCGAAACUCCCAGUAAGAAGGAGAAACACCGGGACAAAAGGCUGAGUUUGAAUCCUAUCUACCGUCAGGUGCCACGGGUUGUGGACAGCUGCUGUCAGCACAUCGAGAAAUAUGGCCUCCAGACUGUGGGGAUCUUCAGAGUGGGCAGCUCUAAAAAAAGAGUCAGACAGCUACGGGAGGAGUUUGAUCGAGGUAUUGAUGUCCAGCUGGAUGAGGAGCACAGUGUCCAUGAUGUGGCUGCUCUGCUGAAGGAGUUUCUCAGGGACAUGCCUGACCCUCUCCUGACCAAGGAGCUCUACACCGCCUUCAUCAACUCAACACUGUCAGAACCAGAGGAGCAGCAGAACAUUGUGCAGUUACUGGUCUACCUGCUCCCAGCAUGCAACAGUGAUACUCUCCACCGCCUGCUGGACUUCCUAUCGACUGUUGCAGCUCAUGCCAAUGACCAGCAGGACAAAGAUGGGCAGGAAAUCACAGGAAAUAAGAUGACGUCUCUGAACUUGGCCACCAUCUUUGGCCCUAACCUUCUCCACAAGCAGAAGAGCUCAGACAAAGAGUUCAGCGUGCAGAGCUCAGCCCGAGCAGAGGAGAGCACCGCCGUCAUCGCUGUGCUGCAGAGAAUGAUCGCCAGCAACCAAGCCCUCUUCAUGGUGUCUCCAGAUCUGCAAAAUGAGGUGCUGAUGAGUCUGUUGGAGACUGACCCUGAUGUGGUAGACUACCUUUUGAGGAGAAAGGCAUCUCAGAGUCCUGACCUGCUACAGCCAGAGGAGCCCUUCACUCUAAGCGAGCGUCACUCCUCUAGUGACUCUAACAAGGUGUCAAGUGGGGAGGUGUCCCCCUAUGACAACAACUCCCCAGUGCUGAGUGAACGCAGAGGCGAACCAGGAAGUCCAGGACCAGCUGAUUCGUGGAACGCCAAAGAUUCUAUAUCUGAGGAGCAUGCAAACAUCUGGGGGACAUGGCACAGUACUCUAAAACCAACACUCAAGGAGCAGAAUUACACAGGUUCCCAUGGCAACAUGUCAGAAGGAAGCUCCCGCAGCUCACAGGAAGGUCUGGACGGACUCGAUGGCAGGCAUCAAGCACCAGUGCAUCGGACCAUGACAGCCCCUGACUGCAGAUGUCACCCUCCUGUCACUAGAGUGUGCUCUGGGCCCAACUCAGAAUCUGGACGAACACACUCACAGCUUAAGAUUUGCCCCUCUGCCACUUCUCAAAUCAACAGCACUCAGAGCCCACAGCAGCUGGGGCGACACAGACUACAAGGUGUAGCGACUGCUGGGCCCCAUCGUGGCCCUGCUGCGGUGUUUGAUGGACGUUCGCCACCUCCUUAUAAUACCCACCAUCUAGUGGCUGGUUCUCAGAGUUCUCCUCAGCUGUCAAGGGCUCAGCUGCCCCCUCUGGUGCAGGGGAGGUCGAACAGCAGGGCACAAAGUAAGUCAAGUAACUCGACAACAGACGCCCAGUUGAUGCCACACAGUCCAGAAUGGCAGGACUGGCAGAGGGAUCGCUGGCAGAUCUGGCAACUGCUUUCCUCGGACAAUACAGAUGCACUGCCAGAAACACUGGUGUGAUGUCGCACCAUAGACUCGGUUUCUUUAAUCUCCGUAGAGUUUCUGCUCCGCUUGCCAAAUUCAAGAGCAGCCAAACUACCAAGAACCUCCGGCUUUUCUCCUGAGUUGUCCUUCGUCCUCUUCUCCACAUAUUGUAUACUAAACACAGCAUUGUUUACCUGUGCAGCCUUACACAGACUUCUACAUCCAAGAACCACUAGUAUUUUCUUUUCUUUUGUGUGGUUGUUGAAAGUUUGCUUCUGCUGCCAGAACAUCUGUUUUGUCCAUUGUGACUAGAGAGUUGAGAGCGUAGAGAAAUGCCAAUAGGAAAUACCUCAAAAGAUAUUCUUUUCUAGAAUCCUACCGUGUGCACGUGUGCUUCUAUAAGGAAGUUCAUUCAAGGUCAUCACUUUCUUUUCUUCUCACCUUGAGACUAGGAUGUAUUCAUUAGUAACUGCUGCUAUUUGUGGACGUUUCCUGUGCAUACAGCCACAUCUGUACACACAUACAGUACAUGUACAUAUGUAUAUACACACAAACUGCUGACAAAGGUAAACAAUAUAUAUAUGUUUGUAAAUGGACAUUGGAAGUCUUUGCCAAUAUAUCUUAAAAGUGUAUGUCAACCCAUUAACAGACUUGGUCUCAGUAUUUUGGGUUAUUUUGUCUUUAAUAUUGAAUGUAAAAAAAGAAGAAGCUUUACAUAUGACAAAACUGCUUCGUAGCACUUAGCUGUAAGUUUGCUCUUUUGCUGACGUCACCAUCUGUUCUACAGAAACAAAUUGCCAAAGUAUUUUUUAUUUUUGUUUUUAAAAUAUAGGAUAUUUAUCGUACAGUUGAAUUAGGAUGAAGGACCCAGGAGGUAAAUUCCAAUUCCCUAAAUUGGAAAAGGAAUAACAAAUAACACACCUUCAGAGGUUGUUUUUAGAAUCUUUACAGAUAUUUUAAACAUGACGAAAAACACAUUUGCUACUACACCAUUACAUCGAAAUAAAAAACGACACUUUCAUUUCUUACCAUAAACUGUAAUAGUAAUGUUUGACAGAGUUCUGGCUCCAUCUAUUGUCCAACUAUAGGCACCAGCAUGCUGCUGCCUCCCACGGUUCAGUGUUGCUAUGGCACCAAGCUGCAGUCAAGGCAGCUUCAAAGGCUGUGAUAAUAAGCACCUUCAUGUGAAAAUGUAUUAAAUAUAUAUUAUAAAAAAGACGUCGUCAUUUUAACUCUGUAAAGUUUCUCCACAUAUUGCUCAAGGUUUAUAUUGGGAUUUCGUUUUUAUUUGUCGUGUCGUUUAUUUUUGUUGAGUGUUGUAAAAUAUUAAUAAAAUAUAUCAAUUUUAUAUCAAAGAAGGAUGAAAAAAAGGUUCAAAUGAACAAAGUGAUGCUGAAGGUCAAACUACAGCCGUGUAUUUCUUGACUAAAAUCGCGAUGUGCGUUGAACUUGUUUUUAUUAUUUUAAAGUUUAUUUUAAUUUUGGUCGGAUUUACUGGGUCCAAGUUGAUUAUCUUGCAAUCGCUUUUGUACUGGGUGUCUUUAUCAAUAUGAAUAAAUAUGGUCAAAUUUAAACCCCUUGUUUUUCUUGUGAGUCAUCCAGUUUUAUCCCAGGGAUUCUGCAACGAGUCUUUACGCCGCUAGGUGGCUCAGCAGUGCCGUUUGUGCUUUGGCUGAUUUACGUUUUUCACUUUGAUCUGUCCUCCAGGAUGUAUGGGGCCCUCUCACUCUAAUUAUUGUUCGCAUAAAGAAAAAAAAAGUUAUUUCUAAAGUCUCUCCCUUGGAUAUGUUGACGGAUGGAGGCACGGUCGGCGCGUCCACUGUGCACAAACUCCUCAUUACAAGUGGUAAAAUGUCAGAUGACUCAUCAUUUCUAAAAUAAAGAAUGAGCAGCAACGUAUAAGAGAGUUUUCCCCCAAAUGGCAGGCUAAAAAAAGAAGAAAGUGACAGGCAUGGAACCUAGUACUAUUCCUAAUUUUAUUUUAGAAAAAGAACAAAACAGCCAUUUACAUUAAA